GAGAGGCAGCCAGCGCGGCAAGGAGGGAAGGCGGGAGCGCCCCGGGGCGAGCGAGUCUGAGCUGGUGCGCGCCGUCGGAGAAGGCGAAAAGAAAGAGAGAAAGGAAGGAAGAAGGGAAAGAAAGAAGGAAGGAAAGGAAGGAAGGAAGGAGGCAAGCAAAGAAGGGAAAGAAAAGGAGGGUCGACAUUGGAGGCCGAUGGAUUUCCAGCCGUGGAUCCCGCUGCUCGGUCUCUGCUGCGCCCUGAGCCUGGUAUCCGGGCAGAGGCACACGGUCUUCUGGAACAGCACCAACCCCAAGUUCCAGAGGGAGGAUUACACCGUCGAGGUGCGCCUCAAUGACUAUUUGGACAUCAUCUGUCCGCACUACGAGGAUAACAGCGUCCCCGCCCAUGCGAUGGAGCGCUACACCUUGUACCUGGUGGAACGGGAGGAGUACGACACCUGCAAACCCCGGUCUAAGGAGCAAGUUCGUUGGCAGUGCAACCGGCCGGAUGCCCUUCACGGCCCCGAGCGGCUCUCCGAAAAAUUCCAACGUUUCACACCGUUCACCCUCGGCAAAGAAUUUCGGGAGGGCCAUGAAUAUUAUUAUAUCUCAAAACCGAUUCACCGGCACCGAGAUUCCUGUCUUAAAUUGAGGGUGAAGGUGGUUGGGAAGAAAACUCUGAUACCACCUGGCCACAUCCCGACGCAGAAGGGGACUCUUCAAUCAGACGAUCCGGACACCCCGAUGCGCAGCAUGGGGUACAAUUCCGCCCCACGGCUCGGCAGCCCGCUGCCCUUCGUCGGCCUCUUGCUAUUGGUCUUCCUCUCUCGGGGGCCCUGAAGGGAAUCUCACCCACCCACCCCCAAAGGAACCCCCAGAUUGAGCCAGGCAGGGUGGAUCCCAACGAGGUCCAUGUGGCGAGCGAGACGGCAACGUGGGAUCUUCAGGGUUAUUGACCUCGAAACCGCCGGUAGUGCCAGGCGCGAGGAAGCGCAGUGCACGACGCAGGUAUGGUAAAGACAGCAUGCAAAUCCUCUCUUGUUCUCGAGAGAGAGAUCUCGUUGGACUCCCGGUGCGAGAAAGCAACGCGGCGAGCAGAUGGCGUGUCCUCCGCGGGUCGGAGACGUGUCCUCUGCGAGUCAGGAGACACCGCGGAUCCUCCGGAAGUUUGGUGGACGUUGUUGGACAUUUCAAGCAAACUUCGUUGGACUUUUCGAGCAAGAUAUAAGAUACGGGCUGCUUCCUAAACCACCCUCUCCCCUCCUGGACUUACGAGACCAUGUGAAUAAUUUAUCAGACUUAAAAAACAGGCAGGACCUGAAUUUGGCGAAGACUUCCGCGCAACUCCGGUGACUUGGAUUUUGUCCUCGCGAUCCAGAUGGGAAAGCUGCAUCCAAAGGAUAUCGGUUCGAGAACUCGGAUCAAUACUAUUUAUUAAAAGGAAAAGAAUGACAACCCCAGCAAUGAUUUUCCAUUUUCAACGAGACUUUUAUAAAUAUAUAUAUAUGAUGAAUUUAGGACAGCAAAACUCGGGUUUGUUCGCUUCGGGUUUUUGAUCCGAAGGGGUGGAAAAUUCUCUUUUUCAGAUCUGUUUUCAUUUGGGUAAGGGCUACAGAUCUUGCGGAGGAGGAAUCUCACGGGCUUUCUUUCUCCACUAGAGUACAAAAAACAAUCGGUUAAAAACAGAGGCAUCCCCCAAAAUGCCACAAAAAUAAAAAGUUUCGCUAGCAUUUUACACAGGUAGUCCUAGACUUACGACCGCAACUGAGCCCAAAUUUCCUGUUGCAAAGUGAGACGUUGGUUCAGCGAGUUUCACACACACACCCUUUUAUGACUUUUGCGGCUGCAGUUGUUAAGGGAGUUUUAUCAAUUUUUAAUCUAGUAACGGGGCUGGUGAGCAAAUUCUCCCCUGACUGAAGGUUGCAAAAGGGAUCGCAUGAUACCACCGUCAUAAAUCUAAACCAGUUGCCAAGCCUCUGAAUUCUGUGACUGUCGGGAGGCUGCAAGGGUCGUAAGUGUGAAACGCGGUCAUAAGUCACUUCUUUUCAGGGAUGUCGUAACUUUGAACAGUCACUAAACGAAGGAUUGUGAGUCAAGGACUACCUGUAUAUCUAACUAGGCUCAGCUGUUAUAAGCCAUAAAUCAGAAAUGUUAUUAUUGUAUUCCGUGCCAACCUCGCGCUGUCCGUUGUGAGGGAAACUGCCUCUGUUCAUGGAGGAUCCAUUUAGCUGCGAAGGACGGCCGUCCUUAUUUAGUGACCGCAAUGGGGACCGUCCACUUGGUCAGUCAGCGAAACGGUUGGUCAGUAAACCCCGUAGCCGCUGACCAUCUCAUUCCAAACUUGCUGUAUGGGCCUGCAAAGGUUCUGAGCGUGAGAGAGCAGGACGCAACUUUUAAGUUUUCAAAAAGUUGCGUAACGGACACAAAACGAGGCCGUCGCUAAACGAGGAGGAGCUGUCGUGGGUUUUGAUGCCAGUCAUAGUCUCUCCCGAGCGAUCUGCUCGCUGCGAAUUGGUUCUUUAAAAUCUUUGGCUGCUUAACGUUGAUCAGGGAGGCGAUCGCAGAAGGCGGAUUUCUCAAG